UUAUCCAUCUCGUCUGAUGAUGCGAUACCAUCUCUCCCACUCUGGGUGGGGAGUUAGCGCGGAGGUCCAGGGGAACCCUUAUAACUGCGACAUCAGGUUUAUUUCGCAGACCAUCAUACCGGACCCCGUGACAGAGUCGGGCAGAGCAGUCUGAAGGGCGUAGCUAUACCAGCAGCGAUCUGGACCGGUAAAAGCAGUCUAUUAAAAUGAAACAGGUUGGUCUGGUGGACGACACGGAGGAUGUUGAGUUGGAUUUUGGGAAUGAGGAGGAGGCCCGAGCGCUCAGGAGGGCGUGGAUCCCACACCCCCUUGCCUCCUUCCUCCACCUGUUUUUCCGAGUGGCUGCCAUAGUAACCUACCUGGUCUGUGAUUGGUUCAGCAAGAGCUUCACUUCAUGUUUUGUCAUGAUCAUCACCCUGCUGUCCUGUGACUUCUGGUCUGUUAAGAAUGUGACAGGAAGGGUGUUGGUGGGUUUACGAUGGUGGAACCAGAUCAAUGAAGAUGGGAGGAGCCUCUGGCUGUUUGAGGCCAGGAAGAUGUCCACCCAAGGCAGAGGAACAGAGGUUGAGGCUCAGAUCUUUUGGUUUGGUCUGAUUAUUUGUCCCAUCAUCUGGACAGGCUUCUUCUUCACCACUCUGUUCUCUCUGAAGAUACACUGGCUGGUGUUGGUAUUAGCAGGUAUCUCUCUCCAGUUGGCUAAUCUCUAUGGUUACCUGCGCUGUAAGGCUGGCGGACAGGAAGUCCCGCCCACGUCUGCUUCCUCCUUCCUGCAGGGACAGAACAUCCUGCAGCGGCCUGACAUCAUCUAUGGGGUGCUGUGAUGGAGGCAGUGGGAACUAGGUGUCCCUGCAUCAGACAGAGAGACAGGUUCUAGGUUUGACUGUGUGCAUCACAUGCAGAACAGGAAAUGCUCUGUUCUUGGCAGGGGCCCUUUCCUCCCAGAGGCUUACAACAUCAAAGCUGCUAGUAUUACAUUCAUUUGAUAUUCAUAAUUUGAUAUUUAUGCAAAUAUAUUUUUCUUACCUCUGAAAAUGUUAUAAUCUUACUGUUGUUGUCUUGUCUGGCUGUUCAAGGGUAAACAAUCAUAAACGAUUUAAAAGACAUCAAUAAAACCAUCAAUAAAUCGCAGUAUUUAUUUCUGGAUG